AUGCCUCCAAGUCCACCCUCUGAUCGUGACGGCUUUGGCAUCGCCCUAAUAUGUGCCCUCCCCACCGAGUAUGACGCUGUCUCCCUUACAUUCGACGAAUUCUGGGAUGACGACGAGGACAAGUACGGCAAGGCUGACGGAGACCCGAAUCACUACACAAUGGGUUGCAUAGGCAACCACAAUGUCGUCUUGGCCCUGUUGCCGCACAUGGGAAAAGUGAACGCCGCAAGCGCAGCCGCAAGCAUGAAAUCUAGCUACCCUUUUCUAAAGCUAGCCCUCCUCGUCGGCAUCUGCGGCGGUGUGCCUACAAGUGAGAACGGAGAAGUUCUGCUAGGCGAUGUGAUCAUUAGUAACUCAGUCGUCCAGUACGACUUUGGACGACAGUACCCUAACAAAUUUGAACGCAAGGACACGGUUGCAGAUAACCUUGGCCGCCCGAACAAGGAUAUUCGCAGCCUUCUUGGCUUGCUUGGAACGCAUCGUGGUAUAGAAAGAAUGGAGGAGCGGACUGCUCGGUAUUUGGAAGAAUUACAAGCCGAAGCAGCCAAGAAGAAGCGAAUAGGCAAGGACAAGUACAAAUACCCAGGAACCGCCCAAGACAAGCUUUUUGAACCUAGCUAUCGCCAUAAGCACCACGUCGCAGCUAAUUGUAUCUGCCGUGAGUGUACCGGCGAUAUGGAUCCCAUAUGCGAUCCUGCCACGAAACUAUCAUGCGCCGAACUGAAAUGCGACGAGAAUCAUAUUGUUCGGCGGGACAGACUUGCAGAAAAGGAGCUGCUCGAGAAGAAGAGUGAUCCAGCUGCUCAGGAGCCUGCCGUCCACAUUGGUGCCAUCGCGUCCGGGGAUACCGUGUUCAAAUCGGGAGUACAUCGAGACAGAAUCGCCAAGCAGGAGAAUGUCAUCGCCUUUGAAAUGGAGGGCGCUGGAGUCUGGGACGAGGUACCCUGUAUCGUGGUGAAAGGUGUGUGUGACUAUGCCGACUGCCACAAGCACAAAGACUGGCAGAACUUUGCUGCGGCGACUGCUGCGGCGGCAGCGAAGGCCGUCCUCGGGCGCUACACGCAGACGGAUUCAGACAAGUCCAAUGCAGCACGGACAGCGGCUCUCGAAGACGAGCAUGUCUCGAAACAUAAGGCAUUACCGGAGAGUACCUGGAACCCGGUGUUCAAUGGGGAAAUCAAAGGUCGCAAUGUCAUCGCAGGCUCGUCUUUGACUGGCGGGAACUUUACCUUUGGGUAG